ACAGCCAGACCCACCGGAGUACAGGUGAGCAGCAUGACUAAACCAACACAAGCCAAACAGGAAGGAGCACUGGAAUUUUAUCUGUCGCUGUGAAACUGUGAUUGCUGCAGACUUUGUCACCUGCAGCCUAUUAUAUUUAUCUAUACGGGGUGGUUCUGUGCAGAAAAUGGACACAGAGAAGGAUUAGAUAAAGUACAGCAAACUUUCAUCCCUUGAUCAGUCCCUUUAUCUACAUCUUAAACUUGGUCCACCACACUAAAACAGUUACUGACUGACUGAACAAUCAGAACACAGCAAAUCUUUUCUUUCUUUUUCCACUAAGUAUUAAUCAAAACUACCAACAGAGGAAAUAACAAUUUUCUCCCUAAAUUGUGGUUUUGUGAAUAAACAAAAGAAAGAAAUUGAUUAUCCAGCUUUCAGAGGCUGUAUCUGGCUUCAAUGUAUAAGAAAUAACACAGGAAACCAGAAAAAAAGCUACUUUAAUUGAAUACAUUGGAGCUCUGAAUACAAACCGGUCUCUGCAAUGACCUUUCCAGAGUAAAAUGUUAUUCCUUACAUGCACCUAACAGCAGGAAGCUGCCAUAUACACAGUUCCCCUUCACGUCACUGUAGAGUUAUGAUCUCCAAGAUAAAGGGCAGAUCCUUUUCUCCGAAAGAAAAAUAAUCUGCGGGCUGGAGAUUGGGAUGCAGACGAAAAGCAUGUUUUGGUGACCAAAAUAGCAGAGGAGGAAGAGCAACGUCUGGGAAAGAAAAAAAGGAGUAUUAGAGAGAUGCAAAUAGAGAAGACUGGACUGUUUCUCAUACCCGUUUGCCAGAUUUUUAACAGAGCACAACAAACUUGUGCAAUUUCGUGGCAGUUGUCCAUGGGAACUCAUCCAAGGCACAUUGGAGCUGACCCUCCUGGGAGGUCCUGUUAGAUAGAGAGUAAUACUUCAUGAAGACCAAAGUAAGAGCGCACUUCUUCCGUCAAAUUUGGGCUGACUACAGGACAACAUUUGGAAGGAUUACUGCUGAAAGGCUGAGCUCCUCCUUUCCUUGUCCCUUUUUGUGUGUUUUCUUGUAUUUCGAAAUGUAUUCACUGCCUGCCAGCGAGGACUAAAACUUCCAUUUUCCAAGUGGACCAACAGUUUCAUCUUAUCAGGAGAGACGUUUGAGCUGACCGGAACGAAACACUCACAUAUCCCCCUGCUGAGAGCUUUUGUUUCUGCUGCAGCAGAAGCAUUUUACUGCGGGAAGCAAUGGAGAUGGAGAAGGGACAUAUGCCUAUCAGGAGAGGGGUGAGCUGGAGUCCAGGAGGGUUGAGAAAACCUCUACAGACAACGCAAAACAUGCACACCCCUGAGACAGAGUGCAAUGCAUCAUGGGAGAAGACAGGAUUCAACAAAGAACAGAUGAGCCGGAAAACAAAUCUGACCCGGAGUGCCAGUUUAUCAGAGAAGGAGCUAAAGGAGGCCCGUGUCAGGAGUCAGAUCAUUGCUGCUCAGCUCACCAUCCCUUCGAACUCCAGCUCCAGAGGCGUGCAGCUCUUCAACCGGCGCAAGCAGAGGGUCAACGCCUUCACGCUUAAAAGCUGUGGAGAAGGGUCAGAGGAGGACAGAGCUGAGAAUGUGAAAACCGACCCCUCGUCUAACAAACUAACAUGGGCAGAGAGGAGCAGUGAGGAGAAGGAUAGAGACCUGAACUUUAAAAAUAGCACUACCAAGCCACUCUUGUCACCACCUAGGAGGGUACAUUCAGUAGGUGAUACCACGGAGGACCCAGGUAAGGAUUUCCACAAGGAAGAGGACAUGGAGGACCGUGUUAUCCAAGAAAGACAUUUCCUCCCUGUCAAGGAAGAGCAGGAGGAAGAGGAAGAGGCUAGAGAUAAAAUCCACGAGGAGCUUGAGGACAAAAUAAAGGAUGAGAUUCCCCCUGGAAGUAAUAAUACUGAUCCAGUUCUUAUUGGACAUGCUGAAGAAGAAGCAGAGAUGAAUGGGGGCCUCACUGGACCAGUUCCCCCAGGAAAGCACCACAAUAGCUGCCACAGUACCUCUGGACCCGAGAGGGCUUCUGUGUCUACAUCCAAGCAGACAAGCACUAUCAUCAAUCGAACUGCCAGGCCCUUUUUCUCACCGCUGACAGUGCAGUCUCCAGAGGCAGUCUGCCCUGUCACGGAAAUACCCCCUGCUCCCUCUUACGCCACUCCUCCUCUCCCUGCUUUCACUGCUCCCCAACCUGCAGCGUUCUCACCUCCACCACCUCCGUCUUAUCCCACACCUUCUCUACCGGCCUUUACAAAUCAACGCCCACAAACCUACUACUCCAGUCCACCUCCGAUGUCUCCUGUCAUGUCCCCUUCCUCUCCUCCACCUUCCCAGUUCCCUGUUUCUUCUGUAUCUCAAUACCCACCUAUGCCCCAUUAUGGCCCUCCAACAGCCCCUAAGCCCUCUACCUUUGUUCCUCAGCCUGCUGGAGAGAGGAAAUCGAUACAACCAAUCAAAACAGGAAUACUCGAGGAGGGCGCUGCUAGAAGGGCAAACAGGAAGGCAAUGUUCACCUUCAAAGAGAAGCCAGUGGUAGCUCCAAACCCUGAGUUGCUCUCUCUGGUGCAGGGGGCGGAUGAAAGGAAGAAACACGGACAUAGAUCUGUGCCUGAGCCAACAUCCGAGGAAGAGUUACUGGCGCUGGGUGCAGAGGCCUCCAACUUCCUUGCCAAGGAAGAGGACACAGCUGAGGAGGCAAGAGCUCCAGAGUGGGCUUCUUGCCUGAAGAGCUCCAGGACCCGACCAAGGGCAGAACACAAGCCAGAGCAAACACUCUCCAAUGUAUCAGGAAAGGGGGCUGAGCUGUUUGCCAAGCGUCAGUCCAGGAUGGAGAAAUACGUCGUUGAGAAACAAAAUGCAGGACAAAUUAGAUCUCCUUCUCCCACGAUGUCCCUGCCUCCAUCUUGGGUGUACCCAUCAAACAUGCCUGGCAGGGUCAAGGCCAUUGCUAAAAACUCUGACAUGAGUGCUCAGCUUUCACAAAACAUAAAGGCCCAACAAGCAGUCAAGCAAAAACCAAGACAAAAAGCUCCUGCACCAGAGCCAAUUCCAGAGCCACCUCCUUUAGAAAACGGUUGCUCCAAGAUAGAGAUGGACCUGUCAAGGCACCGGCCCUACCAGCUUAACUCUUCUCUCUUCAUCUUUAACCCAGCCAAGGAUCCCAUAAGUACCUUACCCAGAGGAGCACCGCAGUCUAGGAACCUGAUGUCUACCCAGUCUUUCUCUAGACAGACUUCCUUACCUAAUAACCCUCCUUCUCACUUCAGUACCCAGUGUAUGUCUCCACAGCUGCCUCUCAGCCCCACAAGAGGAGGAGCAGAAUAUCCAUCAAAUUCAGCUUCUGGGCAGCUGAGGAUCAGUUCUCCUAUGUCUGCCUUUUCUCCAGAGCGGGUGUCCUCUCCUCGGUCAGGGGUGCAGGUGCCGAGGCCCACGUUUUCUGCCAAGAAGGCAGGGAUUGCACCACAGACACCUAAGGACUGUUCCCCAGUUGAAACCCCCAGUGAGACUCCCACACCAACCAGGACACCCAGCCUCACCAGACGUUUCAGCAGUCCAGAGGGCCCCAGCACUGGAACCUGGACUCCAAGCCUCCAAACCAAUCGGCCCUCCACCACCAUCUCUAGCCGCUCAGUUACUUCCCCCGUAUCUUCUCCCAGGGGUACAAGAUGCCAGUCCCCUAUGGCCUGUCAGAAUAUCCAAUUAUCUGCUGUUACCUCCACUACAACAUCCAGACCCUCCCAAACAUCUACAGCCAACUCUUCACACUCUCCUUGGGGUUCAAGAUGUCAGUCCCCAGUGGUGAGCCAGAAUACCCAGUCCUCCUGCAGCUCUUCUAUUCCUGGUUUCAGACCUUCCCAAACAUCUACGACUACUUCUCCUUUUUCUCCUCCUUGGGGUUCAAGAUGCCAGUCCCCAUUGGUAAGCCAGCAUACUCAGUCUUCCACUGUCACCUCCAUGUACACAUCCAGACCCUCCCAAACCUCCACAGCCACAUCCCCACGCUCUCCUCCUUGGGGAUCAAGAUGCCAGUCCCCAAAGGUAAGCCAGAAUACUUCCAGUGUCAUUUCCACACCCAGACCAACCCAAACAUAUACAGCCACAUCUCCAGUCUCUCCUCCUUGGGGCUCACGUUCCCAGUCUCCUGCACUCUCUCAGACCAGUUUAUCAUUCCAACCCACUAAAUCUCUGCACACAUCCUCUGCAACCUCUCCGGUUUCCCCACCCAAAGACAGUCGCUGCAUGUCCCCCAUUGUUAAUAACCUAGACUCUAAAGCCAACCAUCGCCUACUGGCCAAGAACAUCAUCAAUGCAGCCAAACGUAAAAACAGCCCCUCACCUGGAGCACUGAGUGGGCACAGCCUCCCCAUCUCACCUCUGGGCAAUUCCCACCAUGGCUAUGACUGUCACAAACCACCCAUGAGUCCUUUCCAGUCACGGGCAUUGGGAGCUCAGUCCCCUGUCUUCACCAGCCCUCCUGCCACCCCAACACAGAGGAUCUGUUCCCCUGUGAGGCUGUACAACACUCGCUCCCUCACCGACUCUGAUGCUUCUGUUGAGUCUGAAGACUCAGGCCUCCGAUCUCCUGGUCUACACUCCUACAACACCUGCCCCCGUGGGUGGGGCGGUAGCCUAAGGGUGAAGAGAAGCACCGUCUCCACUGACCUGUGAGGGUGUUACUGGGUGGCGAUUAAGAGAUUAUUUCAGUUUUCAUGGACUUUUGUGGCAUUGGGUCAACCAGUAAAAGAGUUUCUGAUGAUAUUUCAGAAUAAUAUUAGAUAAGUUACCUUUCUGUAACUUUGAAUAGGAUCCUGGACAAUAAUACAUGUUGUAUCAAGGUAGUAUUAGUAUUUUAUAUGACUUACAUUCAGAAUAUGUAUGACUGACAAGAACAAGCUUUUAAUAUAACGCAGUUGCUGUGGCUUGUAUGCUUCUUACAUACCAAAAAGUGCAAAGACUCAAAAUAACCAAAGAUAUUUGAAUUCACUUCAAUGAAUGUUACUUAUAAUUUUUUUCACCUUCACAGCCACUUUUAUAGUUGAGUAGUAGUUUAUGUUUACUGGGCUGACGUGAGUCAAAAUGGGAAGAGACUUAAACAUUUUAAGGCAUAGAAGGGACACAUUGAAUGAGUAAUGUGUAAAUAUAUCGCUCGUUGGACUGUACAGUACUUUGGUUAAGGAGUUCUCAGCGUACUCUAUUAGUGAAGCAUCAAAUUUAACUAUUCAUUGAAUGCUGAUUUAGAACGUACUGGAUAAAAUGAGUUUCCAUAAAAAAACACAGUGGUAGGUGGGACACGUGCUAUACACAUUAUCAUACAUGGUCAAUUAUUCACAACAGUUUAUUAUGCAUUUUAAUCAAUGCGAAAUAAAUCAUAUGCAUAAUUAUCGCAGUGCAAUAAUCACAGUGUAUAUAUGUUGCUUUAUGUACUGCAUUUGCUAAAAUGAAUGUAAGCUUUACAGACAGAUUGACAGAGAAUGACAAAGUGAGCGUUGAGUAUGAAGAGUUACGUGGAGGUUCAAUGGGGCAUUGAUGCACCUGUUCAAUCAAACACUGUUUCCAUGUUUCAGGAAAAAAAAAAUUAAAAUGUUUCAAAACAUUUAAUGAUAGAUGAAGAACAAUUUAAUGAACACAUAUUAGCUAUUAACAAUUUAAUGGCAUAUUGAUUGUAUUAUUCAUAUUGGAGAUGGAUAUGUAUGUCUAAGUUUUGUUGCUUUUCCUGAAAGAAGAGCACAAACUCUAAGUAAGUCUUUUUUAUAUCAAUAAUGUCUUUAAAUAGAAAAGUGCCUGUACUUAUUGUAAAGUGGCUGUUUGGAUGAGGUUUAGAAGCAAAUGCAUGUGUCACACAAGUAGAGAAGGUACAACAAAAUGUUGUUAAACUGUCAUGGGGAAAAGAGGUUAGACGAAUGUUGUAUGUUGUAAAAGUGUUUGUGAGAAAAGGAUCAGAGGAAUGGAUUGUAUUUUAAAUACAUAACUCUAAUGUACAUUCUCUUUAACUUCUAAAGUUUCUUUUUAUACUUGAUUUGCACUUCUGUUCAUUCAAUUUCAGUAGCUAAGUUGGCAUUGUUUAAAACUUGAUUUGCUUAAACAGGUGUAACUCACAAUAAAACCAGCGAAUACCUUUCCUGCUGUAAAGUUAAUAACAUUCCUACACUAUUCAACACCUUCACUCAAUGGUGGGAAUUAACUGUAAACCCGACUGCGGCGUUCAAACCACAACUGGCAUCUUGUUUCAAGUGUGGGAUUAUUGAAAGCACGUUUACACCAUUCCCAUCUUUCCCAGACCUGUACCAGCACACACAACAGAUCAUUCCUUCAGUCCCUGGCUCCAGGCCAAAAGCAUCAGCACAUUUCUAAAUAUUAACUUAUGUGUGUCUUUUGAGUGACAGGGACACCUGCUACAUGGUAACCUGCCUCCUUCAGCAGGAUUAAACCUAUCACUGUCAUGGAUUGGUUUCAACCUAGGUCACUUCUGGACAAACCAAACAUUGCUGACACCCUCAAACACAGAAAAUAAUCAGUGCAAGUUUGAGUUUGGGUGUUUCUGUGAUUGCAUGCCCGUAAUUUUCCAAUACAGCUGAAAUUUCUCUCAUUUCAUAACUGUAUCAUGUCUGAAAAUGAAUGCAGAAAUAAAAACACACACCAAUUUAAAGAA